AUGUCGUAUGGUACAGUUAAGUUGGAUCCAAGAGAAAAUAAAGUUAAUAAUUUAAAUGACGAAAUGAACAAUCUUACUAUCGUUGAUCUGAAGGUAGAUUACAGUGAUCAAGAUAUUGCAGAUUGUUUAAAAUCUGCUCUGGUCGAUGCUAGCGUAUCCAAAGAUGCAUUGAUGAAUGAAUAUGCACCAUACUUGGGUGUGCCAAGAUUCAACUCAGCGAUCGCAAGGUUUUACUCCAAAUUGACUAACCGUACAUUAGAUCCGAAAAGCGAAGUUCUGGUCACAGUUGGUGCUAGCGAGGCCCUUUUUGCAACCUUCAGUGCACUCUCAUCCCCUGGUGAUGAAUGGAUACUCAUAGAACCUUUUUACGCCAAGUAUGAGCCACAAAUAAAAAUUGCCGGUGCGAUUCCUCGAUUCACGGCAUUGAAACCGGCAAAUUCGAAUGAAAAUGGCAACGCAAACAAUUGGGUACUGGAUCGCAAUGAAAUUAGAAAUUUUAUUAAUAACAAUACUCAAGGAAUCGUUUUCAAUAAUCCAAAUAAUCCGCUUGGCAAAAGUUUCACCGAUAACGAACUCAAAUUCAUUGCGGAACUGGCCAUCAGUCAUAAAUUGUGGAUCAUUUCCGAUCAAGCUCACGAAUUCACAUUAGAUACGAUGACUCCGAUAGCUUCAAUGCCAGGAAUGUUUGAACGGACAAUUACAAUUGGUACAGCUAGCAAAUCUUUUGGCGUUCCUAGCUGGCGAAUCGGUUGGGCAUACGGACCAGCCGAAGUUAUUCGGCGACUAACCUACGUGCAAGCGCAAAUAAUUCGUUCGCCAAGUACACCACCGCAGCUCGCCUUGGCAGUCGCUCUGGAAGACGAAAUCUGCAAUUUCAACAGUUCAGAUACUUACUUAGCUAGAGCUCGAGCCCACAUCAAACGAAAGCGUGCCAUUAUGAUCGAAGCAUGUCGCGAAGCAGGAAUGUUACCGGUCGAACCGCGUGGUGGCAGUUGUUUGAUCGUUAGUUGGCCAGGUCUUAGCGGCAUUGACCUGAGUCCGGUUUCAGGUCGCGAUCGAGGUGAAAAAUUUACUAAUUGGAUGCUCGAGAAUGUGGGUAUAAACAGUGUGAGCUUCAAUAUUUUCUACGGGGAGAAUCACAAGCCGUUGGGCGAUGAUUACCUUCGAUUCUGUUACAAUAAGAAUGAUGAGACUCUACGACUUGCGGCAAAAAAUUUGUUGUUGUUGAAGGAGUACGUCAAUAAUUCAUGAGCUAACUCAUUGACCGUUAGGAAAUACUAGUCGCGUCAAGCGCGCUUCGCAUUUUUAACCUUCAUUUUCUAAUUAAAAUUUUAAAUAAUCUAAGUAUAAUAAAUCGAGAAGGGUAGAGAUAUAACAAGAUUUCAUAAGCCACUUAUGUAGUUAAGAUCCAAUUGAAACUUUAAAAUCACAAAAACUAUCAGACUUAAAGAAAUUAAGUAAUCUAUUAUAUUCUAUGAUGAAAAAUCGUUUAUCUUAAUGUAUAUUGAUAGUAUAUUCAUUAAUUUUUAUAUGUUACAUUUCUAAAAUUUCUCUAUUUUCAAAGACAUGACUAGGAUUUUUAAGUGGGAUUUGUGUAUGUAGGUUUUAAACUUUAUAUAUCUUUAAAGCUACCUUAAA